AUGUCGCGACCCUUUCUCGGCCGAUUCAAGACAGUUCCACUUACACUGUAUCGGCCGCAGUCCUCGAAAAAGGUUGCUCUCCGAGACCGCGAUGUGCAAAAGCGCUUGGGUCGUUCGGCAUAUGACGUUGUCUUGAAAGAAGGAUUGCCCGCAUCUAAUAAUUCCUUCCUAGGCCCCAAUGGAAUGAGUUUACGUCCGCUGGGUCUUAAUUUCGCUGAAAUCCUGACUACAUUCAAUGCCAAAUCCACCCACGUCUAUCAGAUCAACAAGGGUAUUUCUUUGCCAGACACUUUGGUCAUCUUGCACGAACACACCGACCACUACUCUCUGCAAUGUGAUGUGCCAAUGACGUUACAAGAACUCAACUCUCUUCUCACGCAUUGGCUCCUUCACAACUGUAAAUCCACGCCACUGCUGCAAUUCCAACAAGAUCAUCCCAUAGAUGAUAUCAUUACAGGAAAAUUUGAAUAA